GGCGCAGAUGGAGGCGUUCUACUGGUUCGAAGCCGUUCGCGAUAACAGCCGCGACCCGCCCGAGGGCAUGCCCAGGUUCGAGUCCGUCUUCCUGCACAGCAUGAAACACAACGGCAAGCUUGUUGUCAACGAGACGAGCGAGCUCGUCGUCAGCCUGCGCCAGCGGAGCCAGCAAGCCCGCACCCGCAAGAAGUGGACGACCAAGGUGGUGGACGACGUUCUCGAGUACCUCCGCUUCAUCUGCGAGGAGUACGAGAACAGCAAACCUCCGGCGUUGGGGUUCGAGGUUGUGGUGUGGAAUACGUGCGCGUCGUACGAGUGCCACACGCUCGGCAAGUGCACGGUGGGGACGCUCUUCAAGCGCGGCGCUUGGACCCUGCACAGGUCGAAGGGAGAGAUGAAUCCCGUGAACCGGCUCAAGCUGCUGCACACUCUUCAGGCCAAGGAGCGCGAGGCGGCGGCCAAGGCGGCCCAGAGGGCGCUCGACGGUGGCUUGUCGCCCGUGGCAGCCGAAGCCGCGGGCGAGGCCGCCGGCGAGGCCUUCAUCGCCGGCAGCUCGCCCGAGGAGGCGGCGAACGCUGGUGAGGCUGCUGGCAAGGAGACUCAGGCCGCACUCGACGACGGCGAGGCGGCGGUCUAAGCCGCGAGGCGAGAGCUUUGCGUGAGGCGGGUGAGAGCGCGGCGCUGCGGGCGAGAGUCGUACAGUGGUACCGUGCCGAUAGCGAUAGGAGACGCACAUGUCACGUUUGUCGUUUGUGAGUGAGACUGUGAGAGAGCGCGGCUGUAUGAAGUCGCGAUGUGGGUUCUGAUAUUUGUA